UGAAGAGAUCAGUUCAGGUCUACACAAAGGUCUCUUGGGAAUCACUAAAAGAAACAGACACCGAACACAUCGGCAAUCUGAGCACAUCAACUUGAAUCACCUGAGAUCACCUAUUGCUCCAGUGACAAGCGUAAGAUUGCUAUAGAUGCAUCUGGGUCAGCAAGGCCCUUUGAUGGAUGGGCUCUCCUUAAAAGAGCUGGGGGACAGUGUGCUGGUGGAGAUCGAGCCACGAAGGAAAGGCCUGCCCUUUCUUAAACAUGUGGAGUAUCGCAUUGUUAGCAAGUGUUUCCAGAUCCCGGUUCAGCGCAGGUACAGUGAUUUCGAGGUGUUUCACGGUUUGCUCCUGCAAAAGUUCAUCUACAGGAUGGUCCCACCACUACCGCCAAAGCGCAUCCUUAAAGGCGUUUUGAACUCACUAACAGACCGAGAGUUUAAUGACAGUCGCCGCCGUGGUUUACAGAGGUUCAUGACCCUGGUGAUUAGACAUCCAGUCCUGGCCGGAGAUCAGCUGGUCAACAUUUUUCUGUCAGCCAGCAGUGCAGAUGUCCAAAACAAACUGCGUGAUUCAUAUAAAAAGACAGGUGAUGAGUUUCUCAUCUCCCAGAUUGCUUUGCAUGGCAAGGUGUACCUGCCCGAGGACAUCCAGAGCCAGGCGGCCGCUAACCGAGAGGUGAUCGCCAGCAUCCACAGCAGCUUCUUCAAGCUCAGAGAUGUGGCGGAACGGAUGGCGCAGCGCUCGCGGGAAAACUCCACAGACCUGCUCAUGUUUGGGAAAGACCUGAGUGAACUUGGUUCAGACACAUCAGACCUGCCAGAAGACGCGAUAGUGAGCAAAGCCUGGAAAACACAGAGGAAGUCACUAGUAGAGCUGUCAGGAGAGUUUGGUCUUCUCGCAGACAAAGCUGCACACCAGGGCACCAGAGAAGAGGAUGAAGUGGUGGAGAAACUCAACCUUCUCCUAGAACAACUGCAGUCAUAUAAAGACUUGUGUGAUCGACACGAUAGCGGUGUGUUAUUAGAGCAUCAGAGAGCGUUUGAAAAGCGCAGCGGGCCUGUGGGUACACAUUUAAAGUACCAGAACAGCAUUGAGCAGCCAGAGUCUCGACUCUCACAGCAGGAAAACACAAUUAUAACCAUGGAGAUGAGAAGCUAUUUCUCCCUUUUGUGUCUGCAUCAAGAAACCCAGCUGGUCUUCACUAAUCUGCCUCUCGUAACUUCAAUUCUUGGCACAUUUGUCAACUCGCAAAUACAAGGCCACAAAGAAAUGGGAGAUGUGUGGGGUGACCUUCAUCCAAAACUGAAGGAUCUUUUUCAAAGCGCUAAUGAAGCCUCGUCUCACUCCGCUUCUCAAACAAACUCCUCUGGAGGACAGAAGAGCUGUGCUGUUAAUGGCUCCACAUAACCUGGACGGUAAAUGAGGGAUAAUCCCAGCCUUUUCUCAAGACCCAAGAACUCAGCGUACCGCUUAAUGCCACGUGCUUUUGCUAACUUGCCUGAACGUACUUUAACUCCUUUCUAUAUGGCUUUUCCUAAAAAGUAAACACAGAAAACAUACAAUGGUCCCAAAACAUAUACUCCAACACUCAAAGAACACCUGUCAAUUUAAUUAGAUACAAAAUACCAAACUCUCUGCUAAGAAAUCUGUUUUGUUAGCAUUUUUGCACAUUAUAUUGGGUUAAUAUUUUGCUAAAGCGAUGACAGUCAAGUUGCUGAGACUUUUAUUUCAGUAUGUUGAUGUACUGAAAUGGAAUAUUGAGUAGUGUGGGUGGAGCUUUCAUUUUUGUUCUUCAUUCCCUCAUAGCAAGCUAACGGUAAAAGACGCGUGGUUAAGAAUACAGUGACUGAAUGACAAUGUGCGCUAGCAAAAAAAACAUGGUCAAUAUUGCUUUAACAUGGACUUUGGGGCGGCACUGUUGCCUCUUAGCAAGAAGGUUGCUGGUUCGAUUCCCGAUUGAGCCAGAUUGCAUUUCUGUGAGGAGUUUGCAUGUUCUUGCCAUGUUCCUUCGUGGGUUUCCUCUGGGUGCUCCGGUUUCCCCCACAGUCCAAAGACAUGCGCUAUAGGUGAAUUGGGUAAAUGAAAUUGGCUCUAGUGUAGUGCUAGAAUAGUUGGCAGUUCAUUCCGCUGUGGCGACCCCUGAUAAAUAAUUGACCAAGCUGAAGGAAAAUGAAUGAAUGAACAUGGACUUUCGUUUAACUGUAAAGUGUUUAAAUAUUUUCUGAGGCCACUGUAUUUUAAGAUGACACAGAAUAUAUUUAUUUUGAACAUUUCCAGCGGGAAAAACACACCAUUGAGUCCAACACAGUGUCUUUGUUUUUAACCUUUUUCAUUUAAUUCCUUCUUGUUUACCUUUUCUUUUAAUAUACAUGUUAUGAACUUAAAUAAAUGA